AUGCGAGUCCACGUGCACACCAAGUUCUGUUUCCUGUGUGUGCUCACCUUCCUCUUCCAUCCGUCCAGCCGCUGUCAUGGAGAAGGGCACAGCCAUCAACACGGCGGGCAUCAACAUGCCAACCACAACCACGUACACAGCGACCUGCAGAUCUCUGAUGCGCCAUAUGUGAGAGGAGCCACCCCCCCGCCCGAGUCCGACGCUCAUGAAGGACACACGCCAGAGGAGGAACAACAGUUUUACAUCCAGCAGCUGUUCAGGCGCUACGGCAACAAAGAUCGUCUAGAUUUCCAGGGAUUUCAGAGUCUGCUGUUCAGCUUAGGUUUGGGUGAGGUGAAGGUGGUGGGUCUGGAUCAUGAUGAACUCGGCCAUGACCAUGUAGCUCACCUAGACCUACUAGACGUGAAGGAGGGGCUUCACACUCAUUCAUCAACCAAAACAGGCAAGGGACGGGGACAUAAGCAUGGUUAUUCCCACCACCCACAUACUGAUCAGGUUCCCACAGAGUGCAGUGACCACACCACUGCGAUGAACCCUGCUUCUGGUGCACCGACGGGGCCUGGCGAUUCACAUGAUCAUGAUCACAGCGGCCACAACCAUGCGGAUCAUGAUCAUGAUCACAGCCAUGAUGCUGGACAUAGUCAUGAUCACACCAAAGCAGGGGAAAGAGACCAUAAACAUACUGAUGGACAUAAGCAGGACACACAUGUCCACGACCAUGACCAUGACCAUGACCAUGACCAUGACCAUGCAGGUAAAGAAGAGCACAAACAUGAGCAGGACCAUUCUAAGACAAAGGACCCACCUUUGCAACCUCACAGUGAGCCUGACCACAGUGCUCAUGAUCGUGCUGAUCAGGAACAAGAGAAAGAGCAGCUACAACAAGUACAGGAUAACCGUAAGGACCUGCCCACUAAACCACAGUUAGAGCAGGGCCAUGAUAAGCAACACAAACGUGAGCAGAUACCUGUACAAUCUAAUCAUAAAGACAAGUCCUCUUAUCCACAAAGUAGUCAUGACCACAGUACCCAUGGUCACAGCAGUCACAACCACAGUAAUCAUGAUCACGACCACAGUAAUCAUGAUCACGACCACAGUAAUCAUGAUCACGACCACAGUAAUCAUGAUCACGACCACAGUAAUCACAACCAUGACAAGGAACACAAAGACGGGCACACACAGGUACCGACUGAUGGCAAAGAUCUGUCUACUCAACCUCACAGUGGUCAUGACCAUAGUGACCAUGACCAUGACCACGGCGAUCAUAAACACGACCAUGGCUUAGAUACUGCACCAAGCAACCAGCCGCAGCAGCCAUCCAAGGCCCCUCAGGAUCCACAGACACCGACCACCACUGCAGAACCUCAGACAAAGAGGACAAGAAAGCCGAUCAGAGCCAGAGGAGGGAACAAAGACACUACAUCGUCUGGUGGCCAUGGCCAUGGACACAGUCAUGACCAUGAUCACGGCCAUGAUCACGACCACGACCACGACCACGACCACGGCCACGGUCACAGCCAUUCUCAUAAAGGCAAAAGAGAAGCACCAGGAGGGCAUGCACACCCAACGUUGCCUGGCCCUGCCUUGCCUGGCAAUGUGAUGUCUCAUCAGCAUGAGGAGGUAGGACUUAUGAUGAACCCAUACAAAGUGAAACUGACAGAUGUUGAUUUCUUGAUGUGCAAGAAGCUCCACCUAAGUGCUAAAGCAACUCUAAAGAAAUGGUGUAUGAAUCCAACAGAAAUGUUUUCUGUCUAUAAAACUAAUUUGUCAUUGUCAUCUAAAAAUAGUUUAAGGAGCACUCAGGAUUUUAAAGAGUGAAUCUCUGCUGCUUAAUAGAAGAAAAGUGAAAAACAACAAUACAUUUAUCCUUGACGUAUCUUUACCAGACUUCACCAGACGCUUUAACAGGUUUUUUCUAAUAGACUGGGGCGUCUAUUUGACUUUCAGAGUAAAAACAUUCAUUUGGUGUAUAAAUCAUGUUGUUUAUUUAGUCAUUUCACGUAGCAUCAUAGCCUGAGGUUCCUGUUUCUUAUUCUGAAUUAUCCUCUUCCCCACCAGUGUUUGAACCUGACGCAGCUCCUCACCUACUACGGCCUGAGUCCAGAUUCGCUCAUUUCACCACACCAGUUCACCUACCUGUGUCCAGCCCUGCUUUACCAGAUAGACAGCCGUGUCUGCAUACGACAUUACCACCAGAUGGAUGUGGAGCAGGAAGCUCUUGAGACUAAAAGUUCUGGUAAGAACCCAAAUAUUUUUCUGAUUCAGUGACUUUUCUUUUUCACUAAAAUGACUUAAGUCUCCAUGUCAGUUGGGUUGUCAUUAUGUAUAUUCUAGUUUAUCUGUUUUCCUGCAAAGACAUUUCAGUCAGGACCACUUUCAUCAAAGAAAAUCUAUUAUUAUAUAAAUAGUUGGAGGUAUGGCUCUGCUCUGAAAGCUCCUUUAACUUCCUGCAGCAGUGAUCGAUGGCUGCUCUCACAGCAAAGAAAAAAAGUGGGGUUUUUUUAUACUUUCAUUCAGAUUUAUCGGCAGUAAACUUCUGUCUACUCUAAGGCUGCACGAUAUUGGAAAAAAAUAAUAUUGCGAUUUUUUCAACCCUGCGAUAUAUAUUGCGAUAUUAAAAAUACAGUAUUUUCACCAGAUGACCUGAAUAGCACUUAAUGUUAUGCUGCACUGCUGAAAUCUUGAGGACAGUUAAUCUGCUCUGAUCUUACCUCUUUUUGUGAAUGUUAGUAGAAUGGCUUCUGUCUGUCUCAGAGAUAUUUUUAGCUUUUAUUGUGCUGGGACGUUAUUGUGGCAACAGAUGAACACAGAACACGUGUUUUGGUCGACAUCAUCCUUCUUUUAACCGAAAUAAUUCCAGAUAACUGACUUUCCUUUUCUUUUUGGCAACAAAUCUUCAUUUUCGGUGGUUUUCGCUUGUUCGUUGUUCAUUUUGCGAUCGUUGUUGUUGUUGUUGUUGUCGUUAGCGGUGUUGUGCCGAGAAACGCAUGUCCUCCGAGAAUUGCAUGCACCUCGCAAAACGCGCACCGCUUAUAGUAGAGUGGUCCACGGAAAUGUACAAUUUAAAACCCAUACAGUUCUUAUUUGUUGGGCUUAAUAGUCAGCAAAGUUCCGAAAGUAAUUCUCAGCGGACACACGUCUCCCUCCAUGUGCAGAACAUGUGCAGGGGUGGGUUUUCUCCUCCCUGAUUUUGAUUGACAGCUGGUAGGGUAGUCUGAUUGGCAACUGAGAAGUGAGUCUGAUUGGCAACUGAGUUAAGGACGAAGGUGAUUGGUGGAUCGCUGGAACAGCACAUGCAGAGUCACAUGGAGUGUAUCUCAGUCAGCUACCCUUGAAAUUAAAUGAGUUCAUUCACCUCCAACAUCGCAGGCUCUGCGAUGUGACUAUCGCACACACGUACAUCGCGAUGACGAUAGUCAAACGAUAUAUAGUUCAGGCCUAGUCUACUCACUGAAUUUCCAGUCGGACUGUCUCACGCAUGUAAACUCUAGUACUUGAUCACAUUUGCACACCAGUUCAUCCAGCUAGUUUUUUUGUUUCAAGAGAUUGUUGUUUUGUUGUUUGAUCCGAACUGUGCAGCGAUAUUGUCAUGAAUCUAAGUGUGUUUUAGUUUGUGAUUUUAUCUGAAAGAAAAAAGGCCCAGAAGGUGAAAGAAAUAAGAGAAACUGCGACUGAGUGAAAAAUAUUGAAACACUGAAUCACAUUUUCUCCCCACAAAGAUUUUUUUUAGCUCAGUUGCAGAGUGACAUGUUUCCUGAUAAGAAAUACUGACUCGUGUUUUUCAAUCUGCUGAAGGAAGCAGCUAUCAGACUGUUUCUUAAACCACUGUAUUUAUAAUGUGAUGUAAUCAGGAUGUAGGGCUACUGAGGAAGAAAGGUGGCCAUGUUUAAUGAAAGUUUUUGUUACAGCUCCUCUGAUGAGUUUCUGGCUGGGAUUGAGAUUGUGUCCAUGAUUGGGUCAAUGAUGUGACGCCUAAAUAUUCCGUCCGGCUGUAUUUUUUUUAAGUAAAAAAAGGUUUAAAUGCACAAAAAUAUUCUUUCUAUAUGUAGUAUCUCUCUCAUAGAUGUAGUCACUUCAACUUUUCAAAAAUCAGGUCUUAUUUGUAAUUUUUCUUAACUUCAAAGUGUCAAAAUAUCAUGUGGUGUGACCAAUAAUAACAUUAAUUGUAUUAAAUACAAACUAAAAUAUCUGAUUUCUGCAACUGACACAUUAAUACCUGAUACAAUAUGCUUAAGUGAAAGGUAGUUUUAAAACAUUUUUAUCAGUAUUAUGCAAUUUAAAGAAAAAAUUAGUCAGUUAACUACAAUAAAUAUAGUGACCGUGACAUUAUAGAGCGAAAAUGUGGGAUCAUUAUUUAUGAAAACUCAAAUGAAAUGCAAACACUUUGUUUCUAUCUACUUGAUAUUACUGACAAUUUGUGAAAAACUUAAACACUUUCAGCAUGAAGACUGAUCAUGUCUUGAUAGUUUUUUUCCACUAUGUAAAACUGCAGGUAAGGGUAGGUAUCAGAUGCUAGAACGGCCUAUUUUUUGUAUUUUUAUGGCCAAGAUCUCACCGAUGGACACGUGUAACUCUGUGAGAAACAUGUACAGGACAAAAUUAACUAAAACAAGAGGUCCUUCUUCGUCAAAGAGGGUCACCAAAUUAAACACAAAAGUUCCUCGUGCCAAAUCCACGGUAACAAUUACGCAGGUUUCAUUAGUAUGCAACUAGUCUGCCACACUGUAAUCUCGAUGACAUUUGUCCAAAUCUAUUCAGAUUAGGUAAAUUUUUCAGGAUAUUAUAUUCUAACACCUUUUGGGAACUCGUCUAUUGUUAUGUUAUUAAUCUCUCUCUCUGCCCACAUUUCUGUAUCUUUUAUCUUUUCAUUCAAGUCAACUACAGCUUUAUUUGUCAAACACCUGAUGCAGGAGUCUCCAGGACAGUGAACAUCCUCAAACUUGUUGAACUUUAACAGUCUCUUAAUUUCUUCUGGGAUGUUUUUUUGUUAGCAUUUGGGAUUAGCCGGAUUUUGAGGUGUUAUUACAGAUGCAAUAAGCUGAUUGGCUCCCUGAGUUAGACUCAAGGCCCGGUAAGCACAUAUUUUAUUCACGGCCAUCAACAGGAAUUAGCAGGGUGUAUUAAAACUAGUGUGUGACAGUCACUUGAGGGGUUUGUGUCUGCGGUUAGUGAGGAGAAGAGAAAGUUGAAGUUUCGUCAUCGAUCACAUCAGGUUCUUGUCGAGGAGAAGACAAAGUGUGAUUGACACCCUGAAACAGCUUUCACCAUUCAUGUCAGAUGCUUUGUGUCUGUGACAAUGGAUGCCCUUGUUAUCAAAAACUUCUAGUUGCCAUGGCAGCUAAAGAGCGGUCCACUCAUGUCCUUUGAAGAAUCGCAAAAAGAGACUUUUUUUGGGGGGCACUUUGUGCGCAGACGUUCAUUUGAUGAAGAUGGCUUUUUUCUUCUAGUGAUGCCUUUUCUUUUAGUUUGUCUUCCAAGUUCCCAAGUUAAUUAUAAACAGAGAGAAAAGUAGGGGAGAGACUAAAAGAUCAGCUAUAAAGAAUGAAGGUCAGCGUCGAGGCCUGCUGUGGGACAUCACAGCGCUUCAAAGUUUAUGAGAAUGCAAAUCGUAAAAUCACAGUGUUUAAAGUUAAUGAGUUACAGGUCGUGAUCUGAAGCUCAUAAAGCCAUAAAAAAAGCUUUGCUACAACUCAGACCAGAACCAGAAACCACCGCUUCUGCUCUGUGUGUUUGUGGUACUGGAUCAAACAUGUGAACCUUUGAGGACUUGUAUGUAUGUUUAAUUAAUGAUGAAACUUGUUUUGACAGUCCUGUAUUUGUUCUCAUGUCCUGCGUUAUGUCUGCAGAAUAAUUGGUCUUUAGUUUCCACAAAGUGAGACGUAGAAGUUUCACAGCUGCGACCGUAAAUAACAGGGCCAGCGUGGGGUUGCGAGACGUUCUUCAGACUUAUUUUUAAUUAGGGGUAAAAUCUGAAAAAUUUUAUUGUUAAUUUCAUGAACUUAAAGAGAGACUUCAGCUGUCAAAGCAGCAGGGAGGUUAUCCCAACCAUGAGACCGGAGGAAUCCCCUCUUCAACCUUUAAUCAUUAAACACACACUCUCUCCCCCUCUGGAGAGACCCGUAUUGCACAUGCCUCAACGGACCACCACUGAAAACAGUCAUAAAAAUGAUAAUGACAACCAAGAAGACAGCAUGAACAAGUCAAAAGGGCAGGGCCGACUCCUCAUUAGCACAAAACUAGGAGCGCUAUAUCGUCUGCAGCCGUGCACCAAGACUCCACCAUAGGCAUCGCCACACGCGGCGAAAGCUACCUCUCAUUUACCUCCCGCUGGCAUCCAUGGGGGAGCUCGGAAAAUUUGCAGUCGCUUCCUCCUGGUCCCCACUCCCUUCUCUUUCUGUGUGUGCCAAUUAGGAGAGCCUAAGCGACACCCUGGGCCAUUUUUUCUGAGCCAUAGCUCACAGGAGACGCGUAAUUGGAGAGAAGACACAGACCGGUGGGUCUCCUUCUCCUCUCUUCUGCUCCCUUAUUCCUCGCUGCUCUCACCCCUCAGCACACCUCCAAAUAUAAUCACACAACACACACACAUACACGCACACGCACUGCUACAACUGUAUAAGGGUAAUGAGAUAGAGAAGUAGAUGAGCUUCGUGAGUGUGAAGGACCUGGAGUGAUGUACUGCAGGCGGAUACACAGUUACCUCUCAGGGUUACGCCGUGUUACGCCUGAUGUGACAAAUAAGAAAGCAGCGGACUGUAGCGCCUUCACUUUUGUGAGGCGCAAAAUAGUGGCAACAAUAAAACAAGACAGGGAGGCUUCUCAAGGACACAGUCGUUUAUGAAGAGAAGAUGUGAAGUGUGUCCGACUGAAGGAUGAAGCUCUUCCAGUUUAUGACAUCUAGUAGUUAAAUGUUUUUAGCGAUUCCUUUAGAUUAUACUGCAGCUACAGCCUGCGAAGAGGAGCUUGUUAUGUUUGUUCAGGGUAUGCCAUUUUACGUUGCACUCCCCACCUCUACUACUUACAGUGCUGAAUGGCACAGUGAGCGGUGAUGAACUAAUGUCUGCUGACAGGAAAAUAUCAGCCAAUACAUGUUUAACCGACUCAUCCGUGCAGUCCCUAAAUUAUGUAGUUCGGAGCCUCCUGGGGAGCGAAGUCCUUAAUUGAUGCUUUUCUCAGACUUCACUGCAGAGUCCAGCUGUCUCCUUCAGCCUUUAAUGAAAACUUGUGAGAGCUGCUAAUCUCGCUGUACUCGUCAGUGAAUACAUCACAGACAGGUGACUGAAUUGAGCAGUGAAACAGACGUAUGCGACAUGGCAGCUAUCCCUGACAUCAGACUUUUAAGCCAGUAACACCGUCAUCGAAACACCAAGUGCAUCAUCUAUUCGCCUUUUAGAAACCCCAGGUGAAUACGCAGGAAUUAAAGUUUGGGUAUAAAGCUUACGACAAGUGGCUGCGUAAUAAGGACUCGCACAUCAGGGCCGUCCUCUUCAGUAUAAAUAUUACUUCCGUGGGGAACUCCAGCCUCCUGGUGAGCGGCUCUUUUUUUGUCAUGUUUUUUUAAUCCUACAGCUGGGUAAUGGGACAGUAACAGCUUGAUUCAGUCUCUCUAAAGGCCGUCCGUCAGACGUAAGACAUGUUUCAGAUCAUCUCUUCUCAAGCGACACCACCUGGGGCCGAUUAGAAGUGAAGAGGAAGUGUGUGUCUGCCAGCGUGACUUUGCUGUUAUUAGUCAGAUUUUCCCCUCCGGCUUUGUGGCAUCUUCUGAGCACUGCCAGAAUUUCAUUCAUAGAAACAGAAGUAUGAAAUAAACAUUUGUUUAAAAAAUAUCUUAAAAUAAAUGUGAUUUUAAGUAUUGAAUUUAAAUCCCUGACUAAAUCUUUUCUUUGCUUUGACGUCCUCCUGAAACGCCUCACCUGAAGUCGGUUAUCUGUUAGAUUUGCAUCACAAACACACUGUUUGAGUGAGUACAUGUAUUAAAGCUGAAUGUCAACAGUGAAGCGCCCACCAGCAGUUUAGUAAACACCUCCAUCUUUGCUCUGACACUGAAUUUCUCACGACAUUAAACAUUUUGUCCUCCGCAGAGCGAGAAUCAGAGUUUUUCUUCCUCCUCGGUCUGGCUCUGUUUUGAUUCACGUCCCCGGCUGACAGGUGGACUGACAGUUUGAGUGAUAGUGUACCUUUCUGACUUUUCCUCUUCUGUCUCAUGUGUUUACGUCUGAAUGAAAAAGGAGGCGAGUGAAAUUCUGCUGAAAUGUCACUUCACAUUUUUCGCUUUAGGCGUUGUGUGUCAUCACAAGGACACACGGAUGGAAAACCUCGAGAGGAUGGUUUCCUUAGCAUGUGUAGAGGACAGGAAAAAAAAACACUUCAGCCGGCAGCAAAGUGAUGCUAAAUCUGUGUCUGUUAUCGCACUUUUUCUGCUUUUAGAUGAAUUUUGGACAUCUUUAGAGAUUCCUUAAAUUUGACAGAUUGAUUUUGAGAUUAUUUCAGUUAAUAUAGAAAGAAUAAAGCUGUUAAAUCUCUAACGUAUCUGUCUUCUCUCAGUGUGGGUUUGGCUCUGGGGCUUCGUGUCCAUCACCAUCAUCAGCCUGCUGUCACUCCUGGGCGUGGUGUUGGUACCCAUCCUGAACCAGGCCUGCUUCAAGUUCCUGCUAACCUUCCUGGUGGCGCUGGCUGUGGGCACGCUCAGUGGAGACGCUCUGCUUCACCUGCUGCCUCAUGUGAGUUUGUCAAAGAAUAAUCUGGAUACUGGACGGGGCCUAACACUAACUUUUUUCACAAGGAGCACAUAAGGAACUUUGGGGGCACAAUAAAAAUCGAUCAAAUAAUGUUUGUCUUAUUGGUCGACAUUAUUUGAAAUCAAUUUUAGGUCUUUUGGUCACAUGACAUGGAAGCUAUUGAAGGAAAACAGCUUUUUCUGAGAACAUCAACCGGUAAUUUAUUGAUGGUCCCUUAUUCAACACCCGACGUUGACAGCGAGGGUGCCAAAUAGAUUUCUCUGCACUGUUGUUGCUAUUCCCGGUUAUGUAGAGUAAGAAGACACCGGUAGAUCUGCAGUGAAUGUCCGUCAGAUAUCCAACCAAAAACUAACUUUACAAUAUUCGCGGUAUUUACAUGAAAAAACAUUUUUUAUGCGCACAUGUGCCCCCUAAAUACAUUUUACAAUUCCCACACAUCUAUUUUUAGUCGCAAACGCAAGUGAAAUGGUCUCACUGUCGAGCCCUGCUGGAUUAGAUCAUUAGUCUUGUGUUUCUUUGUCAUUUCUGCCCAAAAAGUUAAAGUUGAAAACCUGUGAGAAAAACGUAAUUUGACUUUUUAUUAAUGUCAGACCUUUACUGAAAUGUCUAAAUAUAUAACUCUAAAUAGACAGCAUGUUCCUUCCAAUUGCCAAUAAAUGACAAUCAAUUGUUGUGCAAUAGGUCAGUGAAUAUCCUCGAAUGAUCGUGAACCAUCCUCGUCUCUCUCUAACAGUGAGAGGCUGCAGGAAUUCCAUCAAUAAAGCUCGUUGAAAUGAAAUCUUUGGACUGAUGAAUGUGCGCUCUCCUCCCCCCUCCCCUCUUUAUUUAGUCUCAAGGGAACCACGACCAUGACCAUCAAGGGGACGGGGCGAGCCACAGCACUGAUCUGGUUACCGCCUUUGAUGGAGUGUGGAAGGGCCUCACCGCGCUGGCCGGCAUCUACCUCCUCUUCAUCAUUGAGCAUUGUAUCGGCAUGUUUAAGCACUACAAAGACCACAAGGUGAGGGGAAAUGACCCGGCAGCACCGGCGGUGGACUGGACUAGACUUUCAUUAGACACUGACUCUCACAGGCAGUUUCUCUUUUCUGAUUGUUUCCCUCCCCGGGGGUCUUCAUCCUUUCUGCCACGAACCGCUGAUAAGUUGAUUUCUGAGUUUUUCAUUUCAUGUCUGUGCUCACAGGGCAAGAAAGGCGUGGAGGAGGGCAUGAUUGGCCGCAAGUUGUCAGACCACAAGUUGAAUAGGCGUUCAGACGCGGAGUGGCUGCACCUGAAGCCCAUCAGUGAAGGUAAGAAGUAUCCAGCGGCUCAUUUCACACAGCGGCGUGUAAUGUAACCUCAGCUCACUGUCACAUCUGCCAUCUUCAUCAGACCAUGACGUCACCGUUAUCUCCUGCGACAACGGUCACAACGACACGCAGCUCUCAGAGCUCCAGCCUCCGGACUCUCCCACCACCAGGACGCCGCUUGCGCCACAACUUUCCCAACAAGACCCCCAGUCGCCCAAAAAGGAGAACGGACGGAAGGUGAAGAAGCACGGACAUGGCCACAGUCACUCACAUGGACAUGGUCACUCUCAUGGAGGGAACUGCCACUCGGACCAGGAGAUGAAGGACGCUGGUAUCGCCAGUAUCGCCUGGAUGGUCAUUAUGGGCGAUGGCAUGCACAACUUCAGUGAUGGCCUGGCUAUCGGUGAGAGAUUAUCUCUUGGUUUUUUUGUUUGGACUUUUUUGUUGGACACAUAAGAAGGCAGACCGGUUCAGCUGUGUCACUUUUAAUUGCUUUCCCCCUCGUUAGAUCAUAAUCAUGCAUAAAAAAGAAAACAGGGGUUGACUGAAAAGUAAAUAAACUUCAUGUUAAGAUCCCUCAAUUUAAGACCACAAAUGACCUUUGUACAGAUUGGUGUUGGUGCGUUCAUCAGUACCUUAAAGGGAUAUUCCAGCAUGAAAUUAUUCAGGGUCAAACACACUGUAACACCGAGUUAGACACCCCCUUGAGAGAUGAAUGUUGCCGACCGCUUGCCUCUCUAGUUAUACCAACUUUAGUAACGACCGCACAAUAGCAAUACACAGCGGUCUUAGGAGCCAUAAACAAACCUCAACCAAAACGCCACUCUAUAGUCAAAGUAAAGAAACACAACUCACCUACUCUCUUCCAGCAGCCGCUUGUUUGUAGCGAGACCUCAGGCCAGUCCAUUACAGACUAUAGUGGGGUGACACAGCUCAAGGAAGAACAUUUAUGAUCAUUUCUUUAUCAUUUCCUUGAAGAAAUAAUCACCAUAUUAAUCAUUUUGCACCGCAGAUGCUGUAGUUCUUCUGCCUUAGCGUCUCGGUCUGAUUGCAUUUCCAUGAAGAAAUGAUCAUAAAUGUUCUUCCUUGAGCUGCGUCACCCCGCUGUAGUCCGUAACGGACUGGCCUGAGAUCUCGCUACAAACAAGUGGCUGCUGGAAGAGAGUAGGUGAGUUGUGUUUAGUCUCUUUGCUAAAGACAUAAGGCAAAGCUUAAAAGAUGUUUGGUUGAGGUACUAUGUCUGGGACCCUAUAUGUACUGUUGAUGAAGUUAGGUACUGUUCUGAGCAUUAUUUGUGGCUAUAGAGUGGUGUUUUGGUUGAGGUUUGUUUAUGGCUCCUCAGACUGCUGUGUAUUGCUAUCAUGCAGUCGUUACUAAAGUUGGUAUAACUAGAGAAGCAAGCAGUCGGCAACAUUGAUCUCUCGAGGGGGUGUCUAAUUUGGUGUUACAGUGUGUUUGACCCUAAAUUAAUUUUUAUGCCAGAAUAUCCCUUUGAGGAUAGUACAGCAAUAACAGAUGGAAGUAGAGAGAGCUCAGCACAAUAAAAGCACAUUGCUUACACGGUAGAAAUCUUCAUGCAGGGAGAGUAGAGACAAGCUGGUUUCGUAUAUUUCCAGUCUUGAGUCCAGUCUCCAGUCAGAUUUGUGAAUUAAGGAAUCUGUGAGUGCCUGGUGCCCAAAAUUGAGCAUGCAUGACCUUAAGAAGACUUGCUAAAGAGGAAGAGUGCGAACAUACCUCAAGAAUUAAUUGUGCACCAUUUAGUUCAAUAUGGAUGUGACACAAUAUGUUUUAAUCAGCUACUUAAAAACAUGAAGGGCUUUUAAAGCAUCUUGUAAAUGGUUAUUCUGAAUCAUACUGGUCAUGAAUAUUCAGUAUGUGAAGUUAAAACCGAAGAGGAAAACAAAAGGUGGCCCAUUAUUAUGCCUUGUAGUCAUGAUUUAUCAGUAGCUUAAAUAGCCGUGCACUCUCGUGCCCGAACACUUAAUCAAACCAUAGCAAACACUUCUCAUCUGCAUGUCCAGAGGGUGAACAUUUGGAUUCAAAUGAUUCGCCUUCAGGCUCAGACUUCACGUUAAGUGUUCAGGCAUGAAAGUGAUAUUGAUUGCGCAGAAUUCUCGACUUGCAGCACAAAAGUUAACAAAGGCAUUCCCCCUAAAAAUGUCAAACUUCUCCUCGCUGACAUGUCCUGAACUCCUUGUCUCCGCAGGCGCAGCGUUCAGUGCGAACCUGACAGGAGGCAUCAGCACAUCAGUGGCUGUUUUCUGCCACGAAUUACCUCACGAGCUCGGUAAGUGGAGUGAAAGUGCAGCGGGAGAAAGCAUCCAAACAUAAAAUAAAAAAAAAAACGUUAACAAAGCGAAUCAUUUACUCAUCAACACGCUCCACACUGUACACUUCAUUUGCUCAGCCAGGUGAACAAAGCUGCUUUUGUCAAGGCCUCACAGCGAUAAUGAUAACCGCUGUCUAAAUCACAGCCUCCUGCGAAAACAGCUCUCUCCCUCACUUGAACCUGAAACUUUAAUCCAAGUCUCACGACCCCUCCGUCCCCUGGAACGUGUUCGAAACCCGGCGGUGUCAAUAAUCAUCACUCUUCUUUUCACUCCAGAAAAAUGUACUUUUUUUCCAUAUUAAUGGCUUUUGUCUGACAGCAGCGAAAUGGCUUGUCAAUGUGUCUGUCAGGGAGGAUGAUGUACCGCGCCUGGCGCUCAUUGUCGAAUACAGUCAGACCACGAAGACGCCGCAGCUGCCGGCUCCGUCAUUUGCAUUCAAAUCGCCUGUCUCUGAGGACUCUUUUGAUUCAGUUAGAUUCAGCAACAGUGAGCGUUUUUGUUUCCAAGUAGUGUUUUUGUUUUUUAUCACCGCAACGCUCUCCUCUUGUCUGUUUGUUUAUAGUGCGAAGAAGAGGUGGUAAGAGUCGAGUGAGGAACACAGACAAUGGGGCCAUCCAGAGCAGAUCAGUACUAAUGAUGUGUCUCGUUGCGGUGCACUUUCCAUGCCUCGUUUGUGGGCUUGAUGAAUAGAGUAGUGUCAAUUACUGCGGAGUGUGAACCGGUGAAUAAUAGCCUCGAUUGUGUGCCUGCUCCCCCUUGUGUUGGCUUGUUGGAGCAUCAAGUUAUCCUAUUGUUGUGUUUCAGGGGGAAAAAAACAGGAAAAGCAGUGUCUGUUUAAAGAUUGUAUUUGAGGAAGAGGGAUGAACUCCUUGGGGUUAAAAGAAGCUGCUUUAAAGUCUGUGAUCGUUGGCAAUGAAUUUGUUUGAGUGCCAGAUAAUCAGCCAUCACCGGCUGCAUCUUCGGGGUCUCAAGAUGCACCGAAAGACAGAGAGCAGAGAGCUCACGAUGGCGUCCAACGUUCCUAUCCUUUAAUGCUAUUUUUCCGCCGUCGUACUCAAGUUUCCAGAUGGUUAACCACAUCGCAUGUCUCAAGCUGCAUCUGAAGAUCACUCCCUCACUGUUAUUUUACAUUUCCUGUUUAUUUGUCCCCACUCGCUGCCUCACAUCGACACCCAUAGGGGCUGCUUGUCAGACCCACCCCGCGGUUUGACAAGUGCACCUCUCAGCUCCUCCUGAACACAAAAGCCGUCCCCCCCUCCUAGCAGCUGGAUGGCAAAGAUGAUGAUUAUGAGGGUUCUUUAACCACCCAGAGUGAAGCUAAUUGGCAGUGAUGGGUGUGUUAAUUGCGGUAGAUGAGGCGGCGGCAGGCGUUUCUGAGUGCCUGACGGAUUGGAACUGUGGAGACAGGAAACGCCAAAGAGAAAGUUGGAGAAGGAGAAAAAAAAAAGGCCAUUGAGGAGAGGCGUGCGCGGACUGUCUCUCUUUAACUUCUCCCUCUUUUCUCAGGGUUUGAUUGAUGGAUGAGAGCAGAGUGGUAAUAUAUUCAUUGUGGUAAUUAGCAAGGAAAAGAGGCCGCUUGUUACACAGUGCAGGAAAUGUAGGCCACCCCCUUCUCAGUAUUCAUCUCUCUUUUCAAAUCCAGGGCGUUUCCGCUGAGACUUGGGCCUCUUCCCACAUUUGGCCCUGGCAAUGAUUGAAGAGGGUAGAGAGACUACGGCAUGCAUAUGUAAUCAUAAGUGUUUCAGGAGGGAGUUAAAGACAGAUUUCUUCGAAAGAGCAGCUCCUGGUCUGUUCUGUGCCGACUCUGAGACAGAUAGAGGCGGCAGGUACAUGGAAGGAGUUUGCCUUCAGUGAUGGGGUGAACCUGUAGAAAGCAGAGGUAGACUGGAGAGAAGGAGGAGUGAAGAAAAAUGCAUCCUGACACGUGCCGGGUUAUUCACAGCGGGGUUCAGAUGACUUUCUGCUGGCUGUAAACAAAAAUUAGACUGACUGCUGUCACCGCCGCUGCAUCAUGCCUUGUUUUACCUUCAUAAGAGCGAGUCUGUGCAUAUUCAAGCUGUUUAUGAAGUUAGGCUGGCUGAAGCAUGAAUGUCAGUGUCACACAGAGUGAUGGAAAAAUUGCAGUGGUAAAGGCUAGGGGUAUAAAUAUUCAGGAAAUACAUGAAUAAAUUAACUGAACAGGUGAAUAAGUUUCUGAAUAAUCAGGAGGAUCUGUCUUUUCACUCUGUUCUGAUCUUUCUUAGUGUACCAACAUUUACCUUUCUGCACCAUGUUAUAAUAAUUUAACCCUCUUUCAGUACUUAUCUGUAAACUUUUCAUAUCAGUGAUUAAUUAGGAAUUUCAAUAUAAUCACAAAUAUUGAUUUUAUAUGUCUUGUGUUCCUACACUAUAGUAGCCCUAUAGGAUUUAUAAAGGUGCAGCUCUCAGGGCUCAACAGUGCGACUGUUUCACUCGCAUUGUAUUCAGGGGCACAUGUGUGCAUAAAAAAAUUAGCUGAGGCAACAAAUGUAUUUCAUGUGAGUACCGCAGUGAAGUUAGUUUUAGGUUGGAUAUCUGACGCACAUUCAUUGUGGAUCUACUGGAUCUCUCUCUCCAUAAGUAAAAAGUUUGAAAGUUAAAUAAUAAUAAUAACAAUAAGUAAUAAGUAAUAAAUAAUAAGAAAGUUAAAUCUACUCAGCAUCCUCGCUGUCAACGUCGGGUGUUGAAUAAGGGACCGUCAACAAAUUACCGGUUGAUGUUCUCAGAAAAGGCUGUUUUCCUUUAAUAGCUUCAAUGUCACAUGACCAGUUGACCUAAAAUUGAUUUCAAAUAAUAGUACUUAUGUCGACCAAUAAGGGCGAGUGUGCAGGGAUCGUCUGCAAAUUAUGAUACGAUUACGACUCUUCAUACUACAACAGCUGUUUUAGGAAAAUGUGCCUUUUUAUAAUUUUGGUUCAGGCACAGGAUUUUUUCUUCUUCAAGCCCUGUUACUAUCACAUGUGCUCCUUGUGAAAAAAGUUAGUGUCAAGCCCUGUCUCUACCCGAGCAGCCUAUGUUUAGUCCGUAUGUCGUUUUGUUUUUGCACUUGCAACAAUGCCACACAAUUCAGAGGGAGUGCACAUCAAUCAUAGACGGUGAGUAUAUCUGGUUAAAAAAAUGGAGGGCGUGCACAAAUGGUCAGCAAAUGUACUUGAAUGGUCUUAAUUAUAGCCGGGCUGCUUGCCCAGGUGUCGUCUAUGUGCUGUUAGAUUGUUGGACAUGUCAGAAUAAUGCCUCUAAACGAGUGUGUGUCUCUCCUGGCUGACAGGUGACUUUGCGGUGCUGCUAAAAGCAGGGAUGACAGUGAAGCAGGCCAUUGUCUACAAUCUGCUGUCCGCCCUCAUGGCCUAUGUUGGCAUGCUGAUUGGCACAGCUGUGGGCCAGUACACGCACAAUGUCACCAGCUGGAUCUUCGCCAUCACAGCUGGCAUGUUCCUUUAUGUGGCUCUGGUGGAUAUGGUAAGUUGGCACGGCGCACUCUACAGCCCCACAGUGAUAAUUGUCCCUCAAACAACAUCAGCUUAACUUUCACUAACUCCACUCCCACACGGGCCAUCAGCGCUCCUCCUGAUCUGCAAUUCUAAUUUCCAGGAAGUCUCUUUCUGAUCCCGACUGGUUAUUUUGUCUCUUUCAUAGCUGCCAGAAAUGCUUCACGGGGACAGCGAGGACCACAAGCGCUGCCAGCUGGGACACUUUAUCCUGCAGAACCUGGGCAUGCUGACCGGGUUCGGCAUCAUGCUGCUCAUUGCCAUCUUUGAAGACCAAAUCGUUUUUGAUUUUGGCUUCGAGUAA